GAGAGGGAGGGCAAGAAAACUUUUCACUAGUGAGGAGCCACAGAGGACGCGUGUAUGUGUGUGUGUGCGUGCUGGAGCGGCGACCAUGCAGGAGGAAUCUGGAGAGCUGGUGUGCAGUGAAAAGAAUGGGGUGGCAAAGUGGCUGUGCCCUCUGUGCCAAAAGGGGCAAUCAGACAGAUCAUCCUUGUCUCUACAUCUCACUGGGCAACACAGUGUACUUCCAUCAUGUGUAAACAGACUGCUGGACAUUGUAAGUGAGGCUGUUCUGAAACAAGCUGCAAGCGAAGAAGAAAAGAUUGCUCAACAGUCUACAGAUGCUGAAUCCUCACAACUGAAGCACGCUGAAGUCACCAGUUCAGACCCCUGCCAGUGUGGUGAAAGUUCAGACGCUACCCAGACGCUUGGAGACAAAGAGAUGGAGGAGGAUCAAAUAAUGAAACUGGAGGGAGGCGACGCUGAGCCAGAAGAAGAGGGAAGUCCAAUCACAGGAGCCACACGGCAAAGUGCAACUGAAAACACAGAAAUCCCAGACACAAGUGAAAAGUCAGUUGGCAAAAGUGGUGUACCAGCUGAAAAUAAUACACGGUCAUUCAAAUGCAAUGCCUGCAUGGAAAGCUUUUCCAGCAGAACUGCCUUGAGUGUUCAUUACAACUCUGCAUCCCACAUUCAGAGAAUGACCACAGACCCUGCAAAGCAAGGUGCAGAAAGUAAUCCACAGUCCCCCUCAGUUCCAGUCCUCUCUCGACCGUAUAUCUCCAACAAACCCUACCAGUGUGCUGUUUGUCGAGUCUCUUACAAUCACGCCAUUACCCUUGAGAGCCAUAUGAAAUCGGUUUUGCACCAGACGCGCAGUAGAAAUGCUGGGCUGGCUGCACAUGCUGCAAACAGUGCAGUGGCUGCUGCUAGUUUAAGAGUUAGCACCACCAGUGAUCCAAACGCUGUCGUGACCACGUCUGGGAGUGGAACCGGUCAGUUAGUUACCUCUAGCAACUGUGCUGCUCCUGGGACACUAAUGGUGAGUGCUGCAAAUGAGGAACAGGUUCCAACUUCACAAGUGGCUCCCUCCCUCCUCACCUCCCCUGUGGCCUCAGCCCAGGCAGUCUCAGCCUUUCUCACUCUUUUAACGUCAAGUCCCAGUACGCUCUCGCACUCCCUCCUCCCUUCCCUGUUUGCAGCUGGUGCUGUACCCGGUGCCACUGCACCUCAGCUUGUGCCUCAGCCCCAGAUGGUUAUGCCCUUGAUCUUGAACGGGCUUCAAGCCCAAACUCAGCAGCAUCAAGAGAACCAGCAAAGCCACCUUCUUACCCAGUGUGUGCCAUUCGUAGGCCUCAGCCCAGCCCAGCAAGCCCUCCUAACCCAAAGACUUAGCAGCUUACAGAGCCAGUGGCCCUCGGCAGAUGUUACAACAAGCAUGCAGCCUUCCCAGGAAGAGCAAAAACAAACUGAACCCCACGAAGGAGAACAAGAGAAGGGGGGCAGUAAUGACACAACCGGGAAGGACCCAGAUCAAAUAAAAGGAGGGAAACCUAAGGGAGAGAGCAGUGAGGAAUCUGCACAAUGUGCACAUUUGGAUGACAAAGUAAAGGUGGAAGGUAAUGAGGAUGAUGGCAGAGAAUCUAAAGAAAGCACAACAGAUGGAGAUAACGCUACAGAUCAGUUGGACCAGGAAGAGGAUAAAGUGGCUAGCAUGAAUAUCUCCCCACCAAGCACAGAGAAGAGCCUCCGCAAUAACAACCUGUCGCCUUCUGGAUCUGUGCCAAGCAACUCAAGCCUCAGUCCUUUGAAUUUAAACCUUACUCUUAGCCCCGAUUCUACCCCUCAAAAGUCGCUAUCAGGCACAAGCCCUUGUGGCAGCCCAAAGUCCAGCCCCAGUACGAAUGCCUUAACUGUUAACCAGACUUAUCCCAGUCGUAAUUCAGAGGGAUUGAGUUAUUCAGACCUUCCAGUGCUGUCAGAGUUCCAGUCCGAGGUUCUCUGGGCGUUCUUGGAGUCGCGUAGUGAAGCUGAUGCUGCGAGUCCUCCCCACGAGGACUGCGAGGCCCUUGGUAGAGAGGUAGGGCUCUCAGAAGAAGAGGUACGUAGGUGGCUGACUCGAGCCUGUCAUGCAAAGCAGAGACUGAGAGCAAUCGAGUUGGAACACAUUUCAAUGCAUAACCAAGGGUCUGAUAAUGACUAUGAUGAUGAGGAGAGUUCACUGGUCAUAGCAGAGGGUGAGGGAGAGAAUGAUGCUGAAGCUUUAAGUAGUCAGGCUAUAGAUUUGUCCAGUACAAGAGGCAAACGCAAACAAAGAAAUGAGGGAAUAAGGGGUCAAGGUGACCCCUGUCUCACAUCUGACUCAGAAAAUGAUGUGUACACCUCUGUUAUUGUUUCUGAUGAAGAAAGUCAGAAUGAAUCUUUCAGGGAGGGUCACGAGAGUCCUGCUAAAGAUGAAACGCAGCGGGAAGUCUACAGUGAUAAAGGGUCAGCUGGAGGAAAGGUGUUGCGGUCCACAACGGUGUUUCUGUCUGAUGCAGAGGACGAGUAUGAAGAUGAGGAGGGUGGAGGGGACCAGAGAGCAAGAAGGAAAAAACGAAAAGGGGAGUUUGACCGUGACGACAUAGAGGUGAAGAAGGAGAGACCUGACCCAGAUCUAGAUCUUGAGUUGGAGGCCCAGGGCGAUCCUCCAAAUCCUCAGUCCUUGGUGAUGGACCACUCUGAUUUUCCAGCUGGUGCUUUACACUCUCUUCCUUUGUCCCUCACACCCUUUACAACACAGUUUCUUAGUCCCUACGUUCUCUCUCUCACUCCUUCAAUGAUUAGAGAUGGCAGCAAAUUACCCAUCUUUCCCAACCCCCCAACUAUCACACGGAUCUCCAGCUCUCUUCUCUCCCAGUCCCUCUCUAAUAACCAAACUACUCACUACCUGUCCAAUGGCGAUGACUGUGAGUCUGCGUUGGACCUCAGUAUGGGGAAAAACAACUCUAAAUCUGCUUCCCCUUCCUCAUCUCUUGCUGACAGCAUUGCAGCACAGAAGGGACAAUUGCUGGACGGCCUUGGCCUGCGGCCCACAUCCAAGGGCUUGGUAGUCGUGCAGGUUAAGCCAGAAUCCAUUACCGGUGUUCCCCCUUCCAGCAGCCCCAUGAGUCUGGUGAACUGUAGUAACAUGACGGCUUCUAAUAUUUAUAUGAGAGCAGCGGAGAAGAUGAGUGCCACGUUAUUGGAAAAAGAGCGAGAAAAGGAGAGGGAAAAGGAAAGAGAGCAGCAGCAGAGGAAGUCCAAAGGAAAACGGUAUCGGGACAUGAGGCGCUCGAGAACUAUCAUUCAAGCUGAACAACUAGACAUUCUGUAUGGCUGCUAUUUCAAGGACCCAAAUCCUGGGAAGCAUGAAUUUGAACAAAUUUCAGAGUGGGUCCACCUUCCAAAGAAGGUUGUUCAGAUUUGGUUUCAGAACAUGAGGGCAAGGGAGAGGAAAGGGGAGGUCCGAUUUAUCAGCGACGGGACUUUGGCGGCAGUUGGAAAGCCGCUCAUCAAAUUUACUUGGCCUCUUUCCAAACCCAUAUUUUCCAACAAGCCUACUUCAAACAAUACAGGGUGCAUUACAAAUACCCCAAUUGUGCGCACCCUCAUGAAGAUGGAUAGAGAGCCAGUCAAAGAGUUGGAAAAGUCGGGUCUCAUGGUUAAAAAAAUAACCCCUGUUCCUAUCAAGCCCAAGGAGAUGGUUUCCUCUACCACAGUAUGUCCUGUGAGCAGCAGCAGCGCCACUGCAGUGCCAAAGACCAAGCUUGAAACCACCAGCAAUGUCACUAUGGUUAAAGUCGCACCCAAAGUCAAUUCCCCCGCUCUCUUGGCACCACCGAGGGAACUGGUCCCAAUUGCCCCUCGGCCAGUCCAGAAACGAAAGCUGGAAGAGGAGAGUGAGGAAGAGAAGACUGACGAGGAGAGAGACAAUGAAAUUGAGAUGGCAUCUGGACCAGGGACAAUUAACCGCAUGGUGCCAAAGCUGCCCACGACUCCCAUUGACAAUAGGCCUUCAGCCACAGCAGCAGUACCACAAAAGCAGAAUGGGCUGAACUACUGGACACCCAAAGUCCCCAUCAAGAUCAACACUCUAUCAAGAGAACAACUGGCACUUCCCACACACACACCCCCUCGUACCAUCGCCCCGCCUCCCACCCCCAGCAUUGCACCAGUCAGCCCAAAUACCCCCAGCUCUGCCAAAGUGGCCAGCCCGUCCACUCCGGCCGUAGCUAAAUCAAGCCCAGCAGAAAGUGGCUUUCUGUCCCACUCAUCGAGCCGCAGGCCACGCACUCACUUGUCCUGCCUGCAGCUGUCCAUUCUUCAGUCGUGUUACGAGACCUGCGCCCAUCCUAACGCCAUGGAGUGUGAAGCAAUUGGUACCGAGCUCAACCUGCCACUCAAAGUGGUCCAGAUCUGGUUCCAGAACACGAGAGCUAAGGAGAAGCGCUGGAGGCUGCAGCAGGAGAAGAUGUCUCCUCUGCCGGGUGGGAAGGUGGACAUGAGCUCGGGCAGCUACCUGCAGUACAGCGCUCUCAAAGCUAACCGGCCCAUCCUGCCCAAGCCCGUUCAGUUAACGGUUACCGAACCUCCAGGCUCCCCAGUAGCAGGCCAGCCCAUGCCAAAGGAGAAUCUGACAGGCCACUGUGAUGCAUGCAAGGUCUCCUUUGAAUCCCGGGCUGCGGCAAGGGCUCAUGUCUUCUCCCCUCGUCACCUGGCUACCUUGAGAACCACUAACUUUGGCCAGCCGGCAGCGCUCAUCAACAAGAACGGAAGUGGGAACAGCGGAUCUGGGAGCGUGGUGCCAGGAUCACAGGUCUCUCUUUCCACUACUGUCACGAGCUCUGGAGUUGGUGCUGAAGGAGAAAUAGUCGUCGAGCUGCCUCCAUCGACAGCCACCAGCAACAGUUAGACCCAGAUCAGGAAUGGUCUGUAAACUGACAAUUGUUGGACCCGUUUGGGCUCCUCAGAUUUUAAUAAACAAAUUUGAGCACUAAUCCUCUAAAGCUAAUAUUCUUUCGAUAUGUUUGCCCGCUGUCCUUGGCUCAACCUUCACUCGACUUCGUAUCCGUUAAUCUAGACACUUCACCUGGAAUCAAAUACAUGAGCAAACUUUCCAUGCUGCUUGUCAAUCAGUUGCUGUCUGAUUAGUGACUGAAAACCCCUGGAUUUCCCCAAACCCUCACACACUUUAUUCCAACACUUUUGGCCCUGACUGUGUGGUAUGUAUUACCUUAAUUCCUUUAAUUUGUAAAGACACUCAACUUGCCAUGCUUGAGCUGUUCUACCCUAAAGACUGAUGCAAGUGUUUUCUUUUUGGCAGUGGCCAUAGUGGGCCCUGAGAUGCUUUUUGGGAUAACAUGAAUAUUCAAAUAACCCCCUUUUUGCUCCUGUGGAUUGUGUGGUUGUUUUUUUGUUGUUGUUUUUUUUAAAUCCAUGCCUACUGUCACUUCAAAGGCAAUGAUAAUGCUUGCAGGUAAUAUGGAUGGACUGAACCUUUGGGAGUUGAAAGUUGUCACAUUUUCAUUUGCUACGGGAGUGUGAUCUGAAGAGGUGUCUGCUUAUUUGGGAUAUAAAAGAGGUACUUUAGAGAAUAGGGCUAUGAAAUUGUUUCCAUUUACAUGUUCAUAGUUUCAUGACAAUCCAAAUGGACUGCGCUAAAAGAGGUUUAGGAAGUAGAAAAUUUUGGCAUACCGCACUUUGACGUAUUUUACAUUGUCUGAAAUAUUUUUAAGCAUUCUAAUGCAAGUGUCUUUCUAUGGAAAGAUGCGUUAAUGCAUGUUGGAUGCCUUAAUGUAAAUCACCUGAAAUAAAUUGAUUUUGGUUUUUCUUUUUUUUUUUUUUUUUCUGCUAAUCAAGUGUAACAUGCUUUAGAUGUCAGCAUAAUAUUGUGCAAAAGUUAGAUCUCGGUAUAUAAAGAAAAAGAGCUUUGUUCCAAAAUGCUUUUACACUCAUUUCAAAUGGAUUAUCUUUUAAUAUCUAUAUCUAGAGGUUUGCAAAUUCUGCCUGUAAAGUUGUCAACAUUCUCUCAGCCAAGGAAUAUUAUUACAUUUAUCUCAAUUUUGCAUUGAAGUUUUACAAUUCUGUAAAUUUCAUUUUGGAAUGUGGCUCUUCAAACCUGUUUGAGAAUAUAAAUGUCUUGGACCUCCGGUGGGUGGGUUAGAAAUAUGACAGCCUUAAGCGGAAACGGCCACCGGGUAUCAAGCCCAUGUAAUACUCGAAUUAUGUUUGUGAAAUGCACCCGCAUCUGGCACUAAGAGACAGACUUAUUUCCUAAAUUCUUUAUUUUCUUUGAAUACUAUUCAUAACACAUGUAAAUGUAUUACUUGUUUUAUUUACUUGAGUGUUUUUACAAAUGACAAUACAAGCAAUUACAAAUGGCAUAAAAAGAUUUUUAUUUAGGUCAAAAGCCAAUCCUAAAGGAUUGAAAAAGCAGGGCUUGAAAAUGACCCGUUUCCUGUAUUUGUUUCCCCUCUUUUUAUUCAGUUAUAAAGCAGUAGGUGAUUAUGGUCCAUGUUUGUGCUGUGAAAUGAGGAAUAUCUGGAAACCAUGUCAAGGGAGAAAGUCGGCUACUACCUGUAUCCUCAAGGGACUAAUGGAUACUUCAAUCUAGGAAGCAAAUUAGGAAACGUGUUGACUGAGAGCUAACAAGAUGGUGCUGUGUUGAAGGACACAAAUUAAAGAGGUUUUCCUUCAAUUUAAGUUGUAUAUUAAUGUUACUAUUGAUAGUUUUAACAAAAUGAAAAACUAAAACAUGAACUUUUGUAAAGAAAUAUAUUAAAAUGACUGAUAUUCCAAAGUAAUCCUCCCUUUGCUUUCUGUCAUUCAAAAACCAAAAAGCAAUCUUUAGGUCGACAGAGAGCAGGAGAGGCGUUAAUGCAAACUGUAAAGGACAUCCCAAGACUUGACACUUGCACUAGUCCACAAUUUUUGCACAAGUUACAGAUGUUGCCACAACAUUGAGUCACAUGAGGCAGUUUUGAAACAAAGUGGGUAAUAAUGUCUUUUCACAAGUAAUAAGUUGUACUCCUGUUGGAAACUGUAUCUUGUGUGUAAAUCAAGGACUGGAGUGCUUGAAUCUCAAGACUGGGAUUACACACACACACAUGCACACACAUGGUGUUGCACUGUCCAAACUAGGUAUGUUUUUAUGGAGAUCUGCUUUUUAUUCUCUUUCAUUGUCACUUUAUCACUAUUGUUAUAACUGUACUACUACUUAUACAAUUUAUUAUUACUGCUCAUCACUGUUUUUGAUUAUUGAUCCAUAAUGGUUUUAAAUGCCACCUCUGCUCAAAAAGUGAUAUUCCCAUGAAUAUUGAACAAGAAUAGUGGCAGUGGUGUUAUGAAUUGUUAGAUUUUUGAUUAAGCUUGUUUUUCCUCCUCACUUGUACCUGCCUUUUUGUGUUUGGUCUCCAUUAUGCUUUCUUUGAUAUACAGAAAAAGAAAUAAAACCCAUUGA